AUGUUGGUGCUGUUCGAGACGGCUGCAGGAUAUGCUUUGUUCAAGGUGUUAGAUGAAAAAAAAUUGGAAAAUGUGGAUAAUAUUUGGGAUGAGUGUUCAACACCAGAAAAAGCGCAGAGAAUGUUCCAGUUGGUUUCUUUCAAAAAGUUCAAAGAUACAACGGAAGCAGUAGAAAAUGUUACUCGUUUGGCGGAAGGAAAGUUGACUAAAGCGCUGAAAAAAGCUCUGAAGGGGAAAUUACAAAAGGGUGAACAACUUGCUGUUGGUGAAGUGAAAUUGGGAAAUAUGAUCAAAGAAAAAUUCGACGUAUCAUGUGUUUAUAAUACAGCGACUCAGGAACUUAUGCGUAGUAUUCGAGCAAACUUGGACAGUUUGCUAAAUGAGCACAAACAAGAGCUACGCUCUAUGAAUCUCGCCGUGGCUCAUUCGUUGGGUCGAUAUAAAGUUAAAUUUAAUCCUGAAAAAAUUGACACGAUGAUUGUGCAAGCAGUAUCUUUACUCGACGAUCUCGACAAAGAAAUUAACAAUUAUGUGAUGAGAUGUCGAGAGUGGUACGGCUGGCAUUUUCCAGAACUGAGUAAACUAAUUCAAGAUCACCAUGCUUAUACACAGACUGUAAAAGUUAUGGGAAUGAGGUCAAAUGCUGCAAAUUGUGACUUGUCAAGUAUUUUGCCAUCAGAGCUGGAAGCGCGUGUUAAACAGGAAGCAGAAAUUAGUAUGGGAACUGACAUAUCCGAUUCAGAUGUAUUGCAUAUAAGUGGAUUAUGUGAGCAGAUUAUUGAAUUGACAAAAUACCGUUCUGAGCUGGCGGAUUACUUGAAGAAUCGAAUGAUGGUGCUUGCACCUAAUCUUACUAUUUUACUUGGUGAAUUGGUUGGUGCUAGAUUAAUUUCCCAUGCUGGCUCACUGGUGAACCUUGCGAAAUAUCCAGCAUCUACGGUACAGAUAUUGGGUGCAGAAAAGGCACUUUUUCGAGCCCUGAAAACGAAACGAGAUACUCCUAAAUACGGCCUCAUUUACCAUGCUCAACUUAUUGGUCAAGCUAGUACAAAAAUCAAGGGAAAGGUAGCUCGUAAAUUAGCGGCAAAGGUUUCGCUAGCGACUCGAAUAGACGCGCUUGCGGAUGAAUCAUUGGGAACUGAGCCUGGAGAAAAAAGUCGAGCUUAUAUCGAAACAUUCAUUCGGAUAGAGCACGAACGAGGACCAAAGAGAAUAACAGGAAGACCUGCUCAACAUGACACUUAUACAUAUAAGAGUACUACAGCACGAUACGAUCCCAGUGCAGAUUCAACAGUAACAAGUUCUAAGAAACGAAAAUUUUCUGAAAGCAGUGACAUUGGUAGUGGUAGAAGUCCUGUUAGAUUGAGUGGGGCUGGAAGUAGGCAAAUUAGUAAAGAAGGCCCACCGCAAAAAAAACAGAAGAAAAAAAAGGUCAAGGAAGAAGUUGACGAAUAA